UCCUCCUCCGUUAGGGAGGUUUGCCCGGGGGGUGGAGCCGGCGGCUCAGCCGGGCAGGCCUCGGGGCUCCAGCGGGGCAGAAAGGGGACCGGAGCGGGAGCGGCAUGGCUGCCUUCCUGGAGCUGAGCACGGGGGCGAAAAUGCCCGUCUUCGGGCUGGGCACUUGGCAGGCACCUCCUGGAAAAGUCAGCGAUGCAGUGAAAUUCGCUAUUGACCUUGGCUACCGUCAUUUCGACUGCGCCCGCCUAUAUAGGAAUGAGGCUGAGAUUGGGAAUGGGAUUCAGGAGAAAAUCAAAGAAGGAGUUGUGAAGAGGGAAGAGCUCUUCAUCGUGAGCAAGCUGUGGUGCACUUUCCAUGAGAAGCAUCUUAUAAAGAAAUCGUGCCAGGAUUCUUUAGAUGAUCUGAAGUUGAACUACUUGGAUCUGUACCUCAUGCACUUCCCCAUGGGAUUCAAGCCUGGAGAGGAUUUUUUCCCUCAUGAUGAGAAAGGCAUGGUCAUCCCGAGCAACACAGACUUUCUGACCACUUGGGAGGCCAUGGAGGAACUGGUGGACUGCGGGAUGGUGAAAGCCAUUGGCAUCUCCAACUUCAACCAUGACCAGAUGGAGAGGCUCUUGAAGAAACCUGGCUUGAAGUACAAGCCAGUGAAUAACCAGAUUGAAUGCCACCCAUAUCUUACCCAGGAGAAGUUGAUCCACUAUUGCCAGUCUAAAGGGAUCUCUGUGACUGCUUACCGACCUUUUGGCGCUCAUUCUCUUAAGCCAGGCGACCCUGUCCUUUUGGAAGACCCCAAAAUUAAAGAGAUCGCUGCACGGCACCACAAAACCGUUGCUCAGGUGCUGAUUAGGUUCCACAUCCAGAGAAAUGUGGCUGUCAUUCCCAAGUCAGACAAACGACACCGUUUGGAGGAGAAUUUCAAGGUCUUCGACUUCGAACUGAGUAAAGAAGAGAUGGACGCUCUCCUUGGCUUGAACAGAAACUGCAGGGACUGUGUGAUGGCAGACUGCAUCAAUCAUAAGGACUACCCGUUCAAAGCAGAGUACUAGCCCUAAUGUUGCUCCAGAACCUUUGAAUGCAGAACAUUCUCUAGGAUUCCUGCGCUGCCUGCGCGGAGAGGUUUAGGAUCUCUUCUUAGUUCGCACUUUUUGCAUUUCCAUUUCAAGAAAAGAGAGAAUCCUAUACAGGAGAAAGGGAAUCAUACAGAAGAUGUGUAGAAGCAACCGCAGUUGGUAAUGUUGAAAGGAGUGUACAAUAUGCAUAAUUAUUUCUCCCUCUUCAUAAAACAAUACCAGAGUGAUUGACCAAAGCUUGGAAAACAUUUUUUAGACGACAAGAAACAGGUGCUUUGGGAACUGUAGCCCCCAAAAGUAACUUUUCCAGGCUGUGCAGUUAGAAGAGUCUUGAUGGUGGAUUUGUUUGAUUCUCUUUUCCUUAAAAAAAUAAAGUGCAUAUUUUGAA